UCCGCGCCAGCGGCUCCCGAAGAUGAAAUCGUCCGACAUCGACCAGGAAUUGUUCACAGAAAGUUACUGCAAAGUGUGCAGCGCUCAGCUGAUAUCGGAGUCCCAGCGCGUGGCCCAUUACGAGAGUCGGAAGCAUGCCAGCAAAGUUCGCCUCUAUUAUAUGCUUCAUCCCAUAGAUGGAGGCUGUCCAGCUAAAAAACUCCGGUCAGAAAACGGCAGUGAUGGUGACUCGGUGGAUAAGAACAAGUGCUGCACACUGUGUAACAUGUCCUUUACCUCAGCAGUGGUGGCUGAAUCGCAUUACCAAGGGAAAAUCCAUGCCAAAAGGUUAAAACUGUUGCUAGGUGAACAGCCAGCACUAAAGGCCACAGAAGCUGCUCUGGGCUCCCUGAAGCAGCCGCACGCGGAUAACCCGGCAGUGGUACCAUCCCCGCAGCAGCGCAGGGACUCGGACAGGUACUGCCAGCUCUGCGCAGCCUGGUUCAACAACCCCAUGAUGGCACAGCAGCACUACGACGGCAAGAAGCACAAGAAGAAUGCAGCCAGGGCUGACCUCCUGGAGCAGCUGGGGAAGACCCUGGACCUGGGAGAGCUGAGAGGGCUGAAGCGUAGCUACACGUGCAACACCUGCAGCGUCACCCUCAACUCCAUAGAGCAGUACCACGCGCACCUGAAGGGCUCCAAACAUCAGACCAACCUGAAGAACCAGUAGCAGAUCCUCAGUGCAGAGGAGGAGAACCAGCGAGGCUCCUUCUGCGGAGAGGAACUGGUCAGCAUGGAGAGGAUGCUUUCUGGGACAGUGAUCCUGUGUGGAUUCGAUAAUUAACAUGUAACUAACCUUCGCCUUGGACAAAUACAUGGAUUUCUUUUUUUUUUUUUUUUAAAUUUGUGGUGAGUUAAAAUAUUUCAAUGGAUUUUUUUACCCUUUCAAGAUAAUAUUUAUUCAGCACAGAGUCCAGAGUACGAUACUGAUCCUGUAAAUACAGCACUUAAUCAUCACUCAUCUUCAGAGACAGUGGAAACAAAAUAUUUUGCUUUUUCAUAUUUAUUCUUAGAUUUCGCCCGAAGUAUAAAAUUAUCCUCUUGCAUUAUCCAUGGUAGUGAUGUAAUCAGUCUCCAACCAGAAAUAAACAUACUUUCUUCACCUGCUCCAGCAUGGUUUGUGUCAACACAUAUAGAGCAGCAAAGAAUGAAUCACAGGGAUUGUAUAAUGGAUGAAUUUUCUCCUUUCCUCUUUGUCUUCAGAGAAGCGAAAGGCUCGCUGAGCAAAGGAAACUAAAAUGAGAAGCCUAAAAUCCUUUUCCUGCCGGUAGGAUUCCUAUAGGCUGAUGGAAGCCGUUUGCUUUAUCGACGUCGAAGCUGCAAACCCAAAGCCGGAGGCUUCCCGCGGUCCCUGGGAGCCUCCGGGAGAGCCACGGGACGGCAGCGAGACCCGACUGGUGGCAACAUCCGAGCUCGCCAGUCCAUCCCGCGAGGGUGGCUCCAGCUGAGCGUGGCACCGACACACCUGUAGGCAGAGGCAGUGGGGACAGUGGUGAUGGGGACGGCUGCGCAAAGGAUGGUUUCAGGACUGACCGUCGUGUGUCCUCAGAGCUGCGGGCGCAGAGGGUGAGCCCUCCCCAGAAUCCGGGCUCUGCACCCCUCUUAGCAGCGCUGAGCUCUGUGCUGGGGCAGAAAUCCUCCAGGGAUGGAGGAUCCGGUGCUCUGGGAGCCGCACCGACCGCAGAGCUGUGCCGAGGCACCAGUCGGCACCGUGCAGCCUCCCCAGUCGCUCGGUGCCGGAGCCGGCGCUGCUGAGCUGCGGGUCUCCGGCCAAGCUCCGCUGUUUCCAUCAAUGUGGGCAGAGGGUUUGGACCUGGAGGCUUUCCCUGCAGUGCAAAACCCCGCGUGUUGCUGCUGUGUUUGCAGUGUGAUCCAUGAGGCGUUCAUCAGGGCUGCAAGGAGGGUCGGAGCCCCUACGGGUGCGAUGGAGCAUCUCCAGCAGCGCUCGGUCCCACCACCCAUCCAGGAGCCCCUGCGGUUCCGGGGUUUCCUUGCUCACAGGGAGGAAGAACUCGAAGGAUUUCAAAAGACACAAGAUUGACCACAAACCAGCCUUAACUGCCCACGAGGAGCGGCGUCCGUGCGGACCCCAGCUGCGUCCCAGGCUGCAGCGCUUUGGUGCUCGACGAUAGGGAAGGUCUUUAUUCUUCAUUGGCUUUCAGGGAAGAGGAAAUGAAAGUAACUUCAUCCACUGGAAAGAGGGAGCACAUGGAUUUUGGGUUUUCUACUGCGAUCAGCACCAAGAGCCCAGAUUUCCACCUUAACCCACUGCAAUGCCAAGGGCUGCAAUAAAUGUGAUCCUGUCUCACAUAGGCACUGCGAGCGAUGCAGAGCAAACCUCGCUGUGCCCUCUUCCCCGAGCUCGGUGAGUGCACUUUGCAUGCAGAGAACCUGUCUAGAGACGAAGCACCACCGUUUUACAGAGCACUCCGGUUGUUUUACGUCUGUGUAGCAGCACAAUUCUUCAGAGACUGUGGCCAUUUCCUUGCUUCUGCAUCUCUGAAAUAACAGGCUUUGACAUUUCCUUUUCAUGCACACUCGGCUGGAGGCUCUCCUGUGUCUUUGGAAGGGAGCAGUGAUGUGUGCCGCUCCAUCAGUUCAUUUGCCAGGAACCCCAGCAAGGUGCACAUCUCCAGGAGAGCAGUGACCCCGCUGCUUCUGGCUCUGUGUCGGGAAAACUCCUCGUUGAACUCACAGCUCACCACCGGCGCCUGCAGGUUGGUGCCUUUCCUGCCAAGUGAACAAAUUGUCCGUAGAGGAUUAAUCUUUGCCCUCCAUCCGCUCCUCUGCACCUUAAUAAACCAAAGCGAAGUGAGUUGCUCUGUGUUUUGGGGCUGAGUGACGCCGUGUGUUUCAGACGAGAGAUGUUGGGGCGCGUUACUCAGAAGACUGCAAACGUCAUUUUAUGUGUUCAUAGAAUUAUUGUUGCAUAUCUGUAAAAUGGUAGUCCGUAAGAUAGCAAGCUCUGUCGCAGCGGACGCCGUCGGCACUGCUUAGUGACCUUGAUCCGUUUGAUUUUGAGGGCGGCAACACCCAAGGGUUGGUGCAGCAGAGCAGUCUGGAGCGGCAGAUAUGCUCUUGAAACCAAGGCAGCUUUAUUGUCAGCCUCUGAUGAAUGAUAUAUUUGGGGAAAGGCAAUAUUUAAAGACUUUAAGUCACAAGGCAGCACGUGCCAAGAAGUGACUGUCCUGAAGGCAGCACCGCUACCCGCAGGGCUCCAUCACUACGUGCAGCUCUGCCCGUAAAUGAGCCCGUGGGAUGGAGGGGAGCAGGCUGUGCCUGGAGGGGACCUUGGGGUGCCGCAGGAAGGAGAAUAGGCUCAAUCUGCUGCUUGCAGGGUUCUGCUUUUCUUGUCUUUCCCCACCAUGGGAAGUUCAUCUUCCGUGGCCGGCUGGAGCGAGCGGGGGGCUGCAGGCUGCUGUGGGGGCAUUGCCGCGGCAGCACCGUGAUGUGCGCCCGGGAAGCCGCUUUGGCUCUCCUUCACACGGAUGAUAUUGUCUAACUGGCUUCUUAAUUACCGUUUCAUCUGGGACCCUCAAAUCGCUCACUACCUCGCUGCUAAGGUCAUCCUUUUAAUGAAAACAAACCUAUAUUUUUUUUGUGGUAGAAAUGAUUCUUUACCUUGAAAAAGCAAUUAAAAGCCCAAACUUAACAGAUUUAUUUUUAGAAGCCUCCAGAUCUUUGGGAGAGAAGGGAAAUAAUUCUCCCAAAUAAGGAGGGAAGUCAAGAAUAGAUGUUGCUCCACGGAAGCCCAUGUUCCAUCGCCUGCCAGCAGUGAAGGCUAAAUAGAUCCCUUCUAGUCGAAGAAAUGAGACUCCUGUGCUUUGGGCUUGGGUUGUGUUUUGCCAUAACACAUGAAAUCUGUUGGCAAAUAUCCUUAAUAGGCAAUGUUCAGUGAUUUAUCUUCAUUUGGCAUUUAAUCCAAGGGAUGUGCUACCUCUGUGUAACGGCAGGGCUAACUGCUUGGCAGAAGAGAGAAAUCCUCUUGGUCAUCUUCGUGUGUGUGGAAAUGAGUGUGGAAGUCGUCGUGUGCGGUAGCAGAUGGUACAGGCGAUGUGGAGCAAAGCCCCUCGCUCGUCUCUUUGAGCUGUGCCGGUACGGUUUAGCUUAGACGGGAGCAGCAGGCACAGGCUCAGCCCAGCCCUGGGGUUUGCUUCAAACGGAUGUACAGGAUGCUGUUACAGACUCGAAGAACACCUGCUGCUCGCACAGCGACAAACCAAGUGUGUCGAUAGCUCUGCUGCAGGAAGGUGGGUUGGAGUCAGCCGCCCGUACCCAGCCCGUCCAAGGCUGUUUGCCCAUCUCCGCAGCCUGUCCGGAGCUGGUGGCUCACUUGGUCUAAGAGAAUGUCUAAAGAGAGAGCACCUGUCUCUAGUUUAGAAGAAUCCAGGGUUUAUGUUACUCCGGCAGUUUUCAGGUGGACGCUUUGUGCUGUGACACUGCAGAGGUGAAAAAGCCGUGUGUGUGCGAGAGCGGAAGGUUGAACGCUACGGAUGGAAUCAACACAUCCCACAGCACCCGCCCUGCUCAGCGAGAGGCACAGAGGGGGUUCAUCAUUCAUCUUUCCUGCUUCUCCUGACCUUCCCACACCCCUGCACACCGCACGUGGAUGGCAGUCCUGGAAACACGGCCAAGCAUGGAUUUCCUUGCAGGAACGUCUGCAUGGCAUCCUUCGGGCAGGGCUCCCAGGGACACUGCAAACACCAGGCAAUCCAAUUCCUCGGUGCCAGGCCCUCCAGGGGAUGCCUUGGCUGGAGCAGCCAGUUUCUGCUGAGGCGUCCGUGCGAGUCCACGUGGUCAGCGCUCCAGUGGCAUCGGUAAGAGCUCACGAAUAAAUCUGCCUCUCCCUUUUGUAUAGGAAAGGGGGGAAUAAGCCCAGAGCUGGGAUGAGAUCCCUGUCAGCAUCCUCCUUCCAGUCCGGACUAUGGACAUGGUGACUCCCCCUCCUGCAAAGGGACGUCAAGCGCCUGGGAUGCAGAUCCCUGCCCUGGGAGUGUCCCCUGUCCUACACACACUGAAGCUGUGCUUCAGCUCUCUAACGGGUUGUUCAGAGACCAUAACCCUGACACCCAGCCUGGCUCGUUAGUGCUGUCUUCAGCAUUGAUCUUCCUAUUUGUCUAUUCAGUUGUCAGCAUAGACAAUUGUUGGUAUAAUUAUCCAAAACCUUCUCAGUUCUUUCGAGACGCCCUAAGAGUAAAGCACGAUUUGUGCGCUGCCGGCAUCACCAGACCGGGGUGUCCGAGCACUGCCUCGGACACUGGAGCUGUGGUGCCGAGACCCCUCUGAAACUCUGAAGGAACGGAGACAGAAGGGCUGUCCUGCAGCACAUUGUGUUUUGGCCGCUCAUGCCAAGCAGUGAUCCAGCAGAAGAGCUGGGAAUGCCGCCUGGCCAGCAUUGAGGCAUGGAUCAAGUGAUCGAAGAGCCGCCUGGCAACGGCUUCAGACCCGUGUUUCCACGCGUGAGCUGUGAUCAGGCAGGGAAAGGAGCCACCAGCUCCUGAGGAGGCUUUAGAGACGGUGGUUCCCUCUUGGAGCCCCAGCCACCUUCGUUAGCAUAACGAUGCUUCUUAGGGCACGCGAUAAAACCCCGCAGUAAUGGACAGACACUGCUCUGUCUCAUCGUUGGCAUUUUGCUGUCAUUAACCUUCACAGGAUAAAUUGUCUGCUUAUAAAAAAGAUAUUUCCCUCUUGGGCAGUAGCGACUCUCUUUCUGCGCAGGGAGGUGGAAAUCGGUUGAUGGAGUUUUGCAAACACAACUGUGCCCUGUGUAGUUCUGAGACGGGGGGGGUCGGGGUCAAUCAAGGAAACAACUCCAGAUUUUGAUCCCAGUUGAGGUUUAGGGGUUUGAAGGUGUUUGUGGGUGUGCCCUUUGGCUGGGAAACAAUCACCCUUAUCAGGUACAGGUGGAGGGGUUGACCUUCUCCAAGAGCUGCCCCUCAGCUGCCGCAGCCAGAGGCACCACGAGGGUGGGACGUGGCUCUCGCUGUUUGCAGGUAAGGACUUGACCUCUCUCCUUUCUUAUAUUUUAGCACCUUUUCUCUCUCAGGGUGGUAGAGAUGCUGCUCUGCAGGUUUUGUCCUUGCAGACAUCCUCCGUUGGUGUCUGCGAGAGCUCGGCUAAGGCUCGUGGGGAUGCCAGAGUUGGAGGGGCACAAGAAACACUUCAGCUGCCAGCAAAUUAAGCACAUAUUUAUUUGGGAAUCUGUGGUACACAAAGCCCUUUAAUAACCAUAUUCAUCUAAAGGAUACAUCAAUAGAAACAGUACUGCCUGUUCCCUGUUGAAUGCCAGUUAGUGGGGAAAGCUGUUAUUAACAUUUAGCAAGAGCUCCAGGUCACCUUGAUAUAAUCGAGCUAACACACGUUUUAAUGGCUGUUUAAUUAGAUUUACCACGGGGAAGAUGCCAUGUAAGGUGGCUGCAUUUCUGCUUUCAGCAUUUGAGGUGGUGGCUGGAUUAAAUAGAAAUACAGAUUAAAAAAAAAUUGCAGAGAAAAGGUGAGCUUCCCCCCUCGGCUCUGUUCGCUAUGAUUUUGCAGUCUAGGUUGCGUGGAUGUGGCUGCUGUUGCCCCCCGCUCACACACCCAUGGGGCGAUGCUUAUUUCUGGCUGUGACAGCGCUCAGAGUUCUUCUCAGUGGCCAAUUUUGCAUUUAGGUGACCCGGUAUUUUCGCACCUUGCUGGGAAUCUCUUAUUAAGCCACUGGCUGGGAGUUUGCCCCCUGUGCCGUAAACGAGACCGAAGCAGGAGGGAAGGAACCCAUGUGGUUUCAAGCAGCAGUUUCUGAAUGUUAUGGCACACCGGUGCCUGAGAACAAACAGCUCACGUCCAUCUCCCAUCAGUUCCGACACCUCCGUGAGCCUCCGGGAGACUCCGAGGAGCGUUUUGUAACACUGCCUGUCGCUUCUUCAUAGGAAAUAAAAGUCUGAAACGUAUUGCUAUAAAAGAUGACACUUUUCUCCGUGGAUUUAUUAAGGAGACCCCCAGAGUACAGAGUUAUAAAACCUGAUCAGGUCAGCAGUUCCAGCUGUGUAAUUGAUAUCCAUUAUUUCCUAUUGACUGCUGUGCAGGACUUCAUUUUCUGUAGCAUCAACAGAUUCUUCUUCCUCCUCCUGCAGGACUACUGGGGAUUCAGCGAAAACAGAGCAGCAAAUGCCAAGCACAAAUCCCAGGAGAUAGUGCUGAGGCAUUUGUCCUCAAUUGCUUCCCAUAAAUGCACACCUCAAUGCUAACACACACUGUCUCUCAAAUCAUCCCGUUGGCAUAGGACGGGUUUACAAACACACCCUGGCUUGGCUGGAGGACAGAGACCGAGUUUCAGUUCCCGGGCGGAAGUCUCCAGCCGGAUCCGGGCUCUCACCAGGAAGCAAGACCAGGACAAGCCCAGUGGGGAGAUGGCUCUCACGCUGCGCCGCGUUGAGUUUAUCUCCCAUCAGAGCAACCCCAGCCUGUUCCAGGCUUGGUGUCCGUCUGUCCUAAGCAUAUAUCUGUCCCCUGUCAGGAUGGCAGAUUGCUUCUCGAUGCUCUCACAGGCUUUUGUUGCUGGUAAUGGCUCAUCUCAUGGGAGAGAGUGAGAUGAAAUGGUACGGGCAAGGAAGAAAUAGUGUCGUCUACGCAGUGCAGAGUCAGGGACCAGGACGGAGCUCCCGGCACAGGGCACGCCGCUGGAAAUCGGAGGUUUUCGGAGGGUGGAGGUGGAGGGAUGUUGGCUGUCUGGGACUGACACCCACUCACGCGUUGUUCCCUGCUGUCGGGAUCCUCCUCCCUAGGGAGGUUAAACCAGAGGAUGGGGAUGCAAUCUGUAUUCCAGGUCCCAUAAUAAACCCCAGGUUGCUCCAAUACAGGGUAUUGCCCAACGAAUCCAUGUCAAGUGGCAGCACCGGUCCCCAGCACCUACUUAUCACACUUGCCCAGGUCCUGUUCCUCUGCAGGAAGGGGACUGGCAGCACAGACAGGGGUUUGUGCUGCUUGUGUGGGGCAGAGACCCCACGUGUGGGUCUGCUUCACCCCCUGCAGCGCUACCCAGCAACCAGCCAGGCCAACAGCACACCUGCACCAGCCUUCUCGUACCUUCUCCCUUCCCAGAGCAAACCAGUCAGUUGUCCAUCCUAUUAUUGAAAGCUUUUCCAUGCUAUUGACCUCCUGCCCCUUCCUCUGCAAAUCAUUUGCUUUUCCAGGUGCUUUAGCAUUAACUCGUACCACUUUCUUUUAAUUUUUUUUUUGCUCCUUAUCUCACCUCAAGAUGGAGAGGGAUUACCUCAUUCCCACCGCCUCGGAAAUAAAUCCUCGUUAUGGAUUUGUACCUGGGGAGGAAGAAGUGGAUUUCCACUCCCAGACAGUUCUGAACAGAUAUUUGAAGACAGGCUGGAAUGCUUGGCAGAAGGGCUCCCGUGCCUUUUGCUCUGUGUCUGUGCCGUGCCCUGCUCUGCUGCCGGCGUUGGAGGCAGCAAGGACCCUCGCCCGCCCGUUUAGGACCCAGCUGGUGGUGGGUCUCGGAUGCUGCACAGACUCAGGCACUGAUUGAUAGAGCUGAACAUCGUCUGCUGCUGAAAUGGGACAGAGGAGCUGGACCUGAAGGAAGUGCUGGAGGCAUUCCCCAUUCGGAGUCUUGACUCCAAAGCUCGUUGUCCUGUCCACACACGCACACACUGAUCCCAGGAAUUUGCCCCCAACAACCGGAGCUGGUGAGAUUGCUGUCCCUGGCUCUGCUCAGCAGUUCCCGCACGCCUGCCCCAAAUCCAAGCCCAGCCUUGCCUCGGUGCCCGCAGAGCUCAGCGGUCCCUGGUGGGGUGCAGGCAGCCCUGCUCCAGGAGAAGAUGCUGGUCCAGCCCAGGAUGAGCAGAAAGCACCGUGAGCUGAAGCUGUGGUGAGUGGGAAGCGCCCACAUGGGUUUACCUGGCUUUACCUUGCUCUGCCAGUGCUCCACGGGAGCGAAGGAGCAUCUUCAGUGUGCUCAGACACCACCAGCGACCUGCAAGAGCCUCCUACUGCGAUGCAUCCUGCACCCGGGCUCUUCUCCUGGAAGGUGAUGGAUCCGUCUGCCAGGUUUCAGAGGAGCUUUUUGCUGUCUUAGUUAGUUCAGGAGGUCCAGUAAUUGUGGCAAACUGGCAAAGAAAAGAAGCAACCCUUCAUGAUCCUUAAACCUGUUAAAUCUGAGGCUUGAAAAGGCUUGAAAAGAACCUCAGCAACCCCAGAUAAGUUUUCCUUAGCCGGCAUUUUUAUGUCUCUACAGAGAAGCGAGCUUAAAGAGGGAUGGAUUCAGUCCAUAAUGACUUCAUUCCAGUCCGUAGUUACUCGGGUAACCUACAAAAGUUAGCUGGCGCGACGUUCUGGCUUGCAUUGAAAGGAGAAAAUUGGAGCUCUUUGCCCUUUUUGAUCUGCCCUAUGAGGAUGCGCAAAGGUGGCCCGAAAAGAGGAGGCGAGGGCUCGCUGCAUAAUCCUGGGAGGUGCGGGGGCUGUCUGGCUGGAGGAGGGCAGCGAUGAGAGCUGUCGGAACACAAGAGGUCCCAGGUCAGGGUGUUGUCUCCAAGAGGGAUGCGGGAGCCGACGCCGUACAGGACGGAUGCGUUCAGCAGCCGGUGGUGCAAGGGCUCUGCCUUCCAGGAUCAGUGCUGGGGGGAAAGGGUUCCGAGUGGCUGUUCAGCACCUUCACACCUUCGAUUAUUUUUGCUGCUUCUAAUGCCGCUGCUCUGAGAUUUCCCGCAAAACCCAGGGAAGAUCAAACGUGACAUCGUGGGCUUAAAUCGGAGAUUAAAAAAAAUCAAAUGAAACAAAGCACGAGAGAGAAAUGUGGUUAUACCUCACGCAUCAAAAGGAGAAUAGAGUGACACAAAAUCACGUGCAGGUCAAUUUUAUACACAACAUCGAGGGGGUGGGAGCUGUUUGUGGAGAUCGGCGGAACAGGGAGCUGGGAUGUGGGAGGACAUCAAAGCGCAGCCACAGAGGGAGCAGAAAUACGGUGUGAGGGGUGUCUGUGUGCUCACUCAUGACCUGUGCGACAUCCAGGGAGCAGCUCUGGUCUCCAGGAGGACCGGGAACCAUCCUCGGGCUCUGCCUGCCUGCAUAGCUGACAGCAAAACCCACCACGAGCUCUGUCCUCGGGGAAUGCUGAACUCCUGCAGCUCAUGACCACCGUGUUUGUAAUAGUCCGAUCACGAGCCUGAAGGACUUGUGCCGCAAGAGACGGCUGUGCGGUAAAAUAGUGUAAUAAUCAUAUAAAAAAAUUAAAAUAGCAAACAUUUUGCACUGAUCAGUCUCUGAUAUUGUCUUCAAUCCAGGCUGGGGUUUGGGGUGAAGCCCAGAGAAAGCCGAUCCAGACGCAGAGCGAGUCUGGCUUCCCACCUGAUGAGUGAACGGUUUUGUACCACGAUGCUGAAGGAGAGUCCGUGACCACGCUCAGUUUUUGAGUGAACAACAAUAAAGGAUGUCAUUUUUGCUGCCACAAAGAACAAACGCGACUCCUGAGAACCAGGUUGACUGCGGAGGAGGUUUCUCACGCACUGAGGCAUCUGCGGAGGCGGAGCAGAAGGACUUGCGGGUAUGUUUGUGCUGGAGGGACCUCAGCACAGCCUCUGUUUGUUUUGCUGGGAGACAUCUGAAAGUGCUUUGCUUAACAGUGAUCUCCUGCCCUGGUGGGUGGGAGCCCAGCAGCGCGGGAUCCGCUGUGGUAGUGGGUGUUGCAGACGUCCAGGAGGGGAAAAACCACCUUAAAUGCACACAGAUGUCAUGACCUGCCUGCAGGUCCUCUCCGUGGCAGCACAACCAGCUCUGCUGUUAAAGACCCUCUCCUGCUGACACCUUCUUGAUGGGAACGGUUGAGGCAAAUUAUAAAAUUAAAAGAAAUAGGGUGAGAAUGCAAUUAAAAGCAACGUCUCUGAACUGGAACCGCUCUGCCACGAAUUGAACAUGCCUAAACCGAGUCAUGGUUGAGCGGCACCAUUCCACUCAGCACGAGAUUAACUCGUCAGCCGAGAGCCCAGAAUCUGAUUUAAUUUGAAAGGCUACGAAAUUAUAUUUCCCUGCCGAUUUUCCAGGUGGCAGGAUUAGAUGUGGCGCUUUUAGUUUUCCGCUACUUCCUUUUAACUUAAUUUGACAGAAAUGGCUUUCGGUACAAGACGUUAUUUGAUGGGUACUGCAUCGCGGAUAA